UGUGUGUUAAGCUUGUGCGUGAGCGAAAGAAAUGAGCCGCAUUUGAGCGGUCAAAGGGUUAAAGGGUUUCGGGUCUAGGGUCCAGGGGCACUGGGCUAUCAUCACAUCCAAUGGCCGGGAGACGCCACCUGCUGCUGAUCCUCCUGCUGGUCCUGCAGCUGAUCGCCACCACACCGGCGUCCCGCAGCCUCAGUGUCAAUGGAAAUAAUAUUUGGCGGCGGGUGCGGCUGGUGACCAGCCAGGAGUCCGAUCGCAAUGCCUACCAUGUGCUCAAGCCGACAAGCAGGAAUGCCAAUUCUACGACCAGCACCACCAGUACUUCCACAACUUCUACGACCACAACCACUUCCACCAGCACUGCGCCACCGCCAACUAAUUCACCUGGAUCUCAGCGCGCUGCCAAGCAACUGGAUCUUAAUUUUCCGGCCGGUAAUGUCUCAAGUGCCGCCCGCCUGGAAAUGUCCACAGAAUUCUUUGUGGUGCCCACUCUCUCAGCCAGCAGCACCACCACGAGUACCGCCGCCACGCCCACAAGAAGUCUGGGCGCCAAGGCACGAGCGGCUGGCACCACCGGAAGAGUACCACACGGGAGUGGUGGUCACUCCAACAGCACUCCACCCAGCAUAGUGUCCACCCACCUGCCCUUCGCCGGCCUUCGCAAGGAACCGUGGGUGGUGCCGGUCCUGGUGCUGGCCACCCUCACCAUGCUGAUGAUGGCCGCCUUCGAGAUCUUCGUGCUCUUCAAGGCCUGGCGGACGUCGCCCUCCCGCAGGCACCUCUUUCUGGGCCAGAUGCUGCUCCUGGGGCUAUUUGCCUGCGCCAGCCUGGGUGCCAUCAUCACCGCCCAGCCCACGCUGCUCAGCUGUGGGGCCAUCCGCUUUGGAGUAGGCGUGGCCUAUGCCCUGGUCUUCGCCGCCCUGCUGGUCAAGUGCGUGUUCCUGAUCAGUCUGAACGGCGGGGUGUAUCUGCCGGCUCCAUACCAAGGACUCCUGCUGCUCUUUGCCCUGUUGAUUCAGGUGGCCAUCGGAGGACAGUGGCUCCUCACCCAGCCUCCGGAGAUCUACACCACCAGUGUGCCGGUGAUGGGCAGUGGCUUCCUUAGCACCACAGUGGCCUCCCAGACCAAUUACUCGGCCCUAUUCUAUCCGACAUCCUACACAACGCUGGACGGUACGCCGGAGAUCUACACCCGGAUAGCGGCGGUCAGCACGGUGCUGAUUCCACUGUGCAAGACCCAGUUUUCGGAGCUACUCUUCUCGCUGAUCUACAUAGUGUUCCUGAUCGUCUUCAUCGCGGUUCUGGCCAUCAAAUCGCGGGGAAUCCGGGACAAUUACCGGGAGGCCACCUACAUUGGACUGGCCAUAGGCGGAGCUAUUCCCAUUUGGCUCGGAUGGAUGCUGUGUGGUCUGGCUGUGGCGGAAAGGCACAAGGACGCCUGCAUAGCCUUCGGAUUAGUGGCCACCUCCGCCACCGUGUUCCUGGUGAUGUUCAUGCCCAAGGGCCGGCAGCUGGCCGCCAUGGGCAAGGAGGGAUUGUACGUGGAGGAUCGCGAAGAGCAGUUCAGUUCGUUGAGCCGUGCCGGAUCCGGAUACUCGCCGUCGUUCUUCCACUUCAAGCCCAUCAAGUACGGGGUCAUGAGCGGAUGCGGACUGCCCAAUUCGGCCUCCAACACGGCCCAGGGUCUCAGCUCUAAACAUUGUUCCAGUGCCAACAACGGAGGUGAUCGGGUUGCUCUCGUCACCGCCGCACCGCCGAGCUAUACGCGUAUGUACCACUAUUUUCCAGCACACCUGAGCCCGCACCCGUUCUGUUAUUAUCCUCCUGCACCACCACCACCACUGCCACCGCAACCACCGCCACCACAGCAGGCCGCACCGCCCACGCUCACGCCGUUGACCCUCAAACAGUUGGGCAACUCGCUAACCUCCAUGACACAAGCGGCGCAAUUGGCCAAAACGUUGCGCUAUGCGCCAGGCAUGUUUAUACGACCCGACGAAACGAAUCUAUAUACGACUCUGGAGCCCACGUUGAGCAGUAAUCCGAAUGUCUACUUCCAGCGAAGUGGGGCCGUUCAUCCCGGUAUCCUGUACUAAGGAUGAACCUUCAGAAGAAGUCCGUUGAGGAGUUAAGACAAGGAAGAAUCGAGCAUCGAGAACACUGGAACUGAGUAUUUUUUCUAACAUUAAGUUACGGCUCCCAAGGAGCAGCAAUAAGCGAAUUGAUAUUCAUUGAUCAUUUCAAAAUAGUGUAAUAUUUUUGUCAUAAUUGCUAAGCUCUUUGCAUCUAAGUUUUUGAAUUACAAAUGACAUAACGAAGUAGUUAAAUAAGGAUCAGAUCCGACUUGAUUUGAAAGGAAUUUUGAUAUAUUCCGAGGGAUCGGUUAGAUGAAGAAUUCUCACAAGGCGUUGCAAUAGAGAACUGCAGUGUGUAGUCCUAGUUAAGAUAGAUCGACCAUCUUCACUGGUUACAUUUCACACAUUCGAUUUAGUAAUGAUUUAAUAGAGAAAUAAUUAAUAAGAUGAAUUCAUCAAAUGCAGUUUGCUGGCUUUGAUUCCUAAAUAAUGUUAACAAAAAACUGUUGAAGUAAGAUUACUUUUGGUUUGUGAUUUAAAAGUAAAAUGUAAUUUAACCUUAAUGACUCUCAAGAAACCGUAAGCUAUAAACAGCUCUGCUUUUGAAUA